CGCAACAAGAACUCCUACAGCAACUACAGCGACGACAGCAACAGCUAUCAAACUCCCCACCCCAAAACCCUCCCUCCCUGCUUCCGCCAUAAAAGCACUCCCUCCCCCAGCUUCUCCCCCUUGAGGCCUUCACCUUCUCGAUCCGGCAUUUCUCCUUUUCCUCUCCCGCGAGGUCCCUUAUAGGAAAAAGCUUGAGCAGGCCCUCCAUCGAUUCUUGAGGGAACAAAUUUAUUGGCUUUGGCUUUCCUUCUUUUCUUGCAUCCCCAUCAAUUUUCCAGGAAAAUCCAGACCACCUGCCUCGAGUUGAAACCUCCCCUUCCUGCUCUUAGAUCCUCGGUAUAUAUAGAGGGUCUCUCCCCGUUCUUCCGAUCAGCGAGUCCAAGAUUCACUACCCCCUCCUCUUCCUUCUCUCUCGCCUUUCCUUUUCGUUUCGUGUUUCUGGGUCGCGCCUUUCGUAUCUCCAUAGAUGCGAGCUUUGGGACUCUGAGUGAUAGCCGAAGAGAGAGAAAAGAGAGAGAGCAAAAGAUGGACGACUGUUUCUUCAACCCAGUGAAGUACACCGAGCACCGAACCGUCACGAGGAAGCUGACCAGAGCCGCGCGCAAGAGCUUUCCGCCGGCGCCCACCCGGGUCGUCCGGAUAUCCGUCACCGACCCGGACGCCACCGACUCCGACAGCAGCGACGACGAGGCCGCCGGCGACCCCUUCUUCUUUCCCCGCCGGCGCGUCAAGCGCUACGUGCACGAGAUCAGCGUCGAGCCGGCCUCGCGCGGCGGCGGCGCGCUGCAGGCGGCCUCGAUCUCUCGCAAGAGGCCGAGCCUCGCGGACCCGCAAGUCCCGAGGAGGCCGCUGAAGGCGGCGGCGAUGGAGGCGGCGACGGGCUCCGGGCGGAAGUUCCGGGGCGUGAGGCAGCGCCCUUGGGGCAAAUGGGCGGCGGAGAUUCGGGACCCGGCGCGUCGCGUGCGGCUGUGGCUGGGUACCUACGACACCGCCGAGGAGGCAGCCAUGGUGUACGACAACGCUGCAAUAAAGUUGCGCGGGCCCGACGCCCUCACCAACUUCGCAACCCCAUUGAAAGAAGCGGCCGUCACGGACGAUGUCGACGCGGACAUCGAAGAAGUCGCCGCCGAGGACAACAUCAACACCGCGGCGUGCGGCUACGACUCCGGCGACGACUCGCGCAACCUCUCAUCCCCGACGUCGGUCCUCCACUUCCGGACGCAGUCCGGGGAGGAGGCCGAGCCGGGAACCCAUCGCACGGCCGGCAACCGGGGAGUAAACCCUGGGGAGGUACGCAAGAAACCACCACCCACGCACCCCGGGCAAGACAUCAUGCAGCACUUCAGCCUCCCUGCUUCGCAGGGGCUUCGAAACUGGGACCUCCUGCGUGGAGUCCAGCAGCCCUACCAUCCACGCUGCAACAAUGGGUGGUAUGAUGUAGCAUAUUUGUAUAAGCGUUCAACAUUAUUCACUAGUAAUUUGGCAGGUUAUCCAGUCUAUAUUUUUGUAGACUAA